AUGUCUUCACACGAUCACCGCUCACUGUCGUGUGAUUCCUGCGACAGCCUGAGCGUGUUGGCGGUGGAACAACAGCUGCGCCAAAUGCAACAACAGCUCAACGAAAUCAGCGUCAUACCGAUGCAAAUUCAGGCGACGCUUAGCUUCCUCACACAAACCUUGACAAAAUUUGCACCACCCGAGUUGCAACGGCAACUUCCGGAAGCGCUUCGGGCCACCACAAAGCAAGCUACCGACGAAAUGGACGAGUUUGUAAACGGUGCCGAACAAACGCAACCGGAUCCGACCGGGGAUGGCGUUGUGACGGAGGAAGAAGCUUUCGUCAUUACGUUGGAGAGUCUGUUCGAUGAGUCGGAAGUCUUUCAAACGAUACCGUCCCGUGGAGAGGACGACGUUGAACAGUCCUGGGAUGAGGAGGAAACGCCCGAAGAACCUGAAAUUAGUGAAGAAGAGCGAUCACGCAUCGAGAAGCUGGAGCGUAUUAUCAAGCUGCAGAAAACUUGGCCCUGGAGUCAACAGGAAAAACCCAUCCACAAACGUUCCAACUGCCAUUUGGUGCCAAGUGUAGCGCUGGAGCGUUCGAAGAUCAAGCAACUGACGAACAUGGAAUCACUGCCAUUCUACAAACAUGGAUAUCUCACUCGUGUCUAA